UGUAUUUCGUAAGGCUCCACUGAUAUGCGAUGCAAUUACCUGUAUCAUGUCAAACAUUGCGCAAUCCUUUUUGUAAAGGUCAUAGCCUAGAUAAAACACAGUCAAAGGUUCUACACAAGUGUGAUCAUCUUCCUGCACAAAUAUAGGAAAUCAACCAAGCAAAGCGAGUUGAAGUACUUUAUUAUUUUUAGAGGGGGAGCUUAAACAUGGAAAGGUUGAGAGAUUUACCUUGGAAUUUUCUGGCUAUUCUUCUUUUUGUGUUACUGGGUCAACACACGUAUGUCUUAUGUAAGUUCGCUUACUCUUUUAAAUUGGAUUUGCAUGGACCAUACUCACCAGGUGACACCUAUAAUACAUCAUGCUAUGUUGAAGCAUCUGGUGACGACAGCGUAUCAGAUGUGGACGUCUUUUUGAGUUUUGGUAGUAUAACUUACUGCAACAACAGCGAAGUGGUACCGGUGGGCAGAAAUCAUAGUUGUGCCGAAGCUACAGUACAAAACAGGACUACCUUCUAUUUUUCACUACCAGACCUCAGAAUUAGUGACAGUGGCACAUACUCCUGUAAAAUUCACAACAAGACGACGGGGGCACUAAAAAUCAGCAUCCACCAGAAUAUAAGUGUUGUUGACCCGUCUAGUAUUACAACACAAUCGCAAGGCUCUGUAACAACCACACAAGCUGACGGCACUGGAGGUUCCACGUCAAUUCAUACCCCAACCUUCUCAGCAUUUCUGCUUGUGUUAACAGCUGUGGCAUUAUAUGCUGAUUUAUGAAUGUUCCUUUCUACAUCGUCGCAAGAGAAAUCCAACAUGCAAAAACAGAUCAAACGCUUGCCCAUAAGAUGAUUCUGAAAUUAUAUUAGACUGUUCGUUGAAAAUUACAUUAUUUUAUAUAAACAAUAUUUCGAAAAGUGAUUGAAAUGAAAUAGGUGAUGAUAACGAACAAUGUAAAUUUGUGAAGUUAAAUGCCAUGAUACACUUGACUGUUCCAAGUCAAUUAGGAAGGUAGGGUACCACCGAAAAUACAGAGAUUCGGGAAAAUCUUUUUUUCUAUAGAGCAAAAGAAUCGGAUAUUGUAAAAUAAAUCUUGUUCCUGAAA